GCUCGUUUGGCGGGCAUGCGCAACUGGUGCGCAUGCGCAUUCGAAUAGCGCUCGUGUGAACGCGAGGUUGUUGACGAUGCGAAAAUGGCGUACUAUACAACCGAAUAGUUUUUGAUUCCGGUUGCUUGAAUUCGGGGAAAUAUUUGUUGAAUCGUGUGGUGGUGUGCGAAAAGUUGGGUCAAACGAUAGCAGAUUUAAUAUACUAGAGAUCAGAUGGGCGAAAUCAGUUGCUUUAUGGCAUAAAUUUUGAAUAAAAGAUGGCACAAGUGGACGAAGCGGAGAAAGAGGCAAGCGAAGUGUUACAUUCAUUGCUUUCAGUCGAAAGAAUCGAAAAAACGGAAGUAAUCCUCGAAAACAACGAAAACCAGUCACCAUCAUCCCAAUCCUUCCAGUCUAACCCCCAACCUUCCUCUGAUGUUGUCGAGGGUGAGAAUCAAAUGCAAUGGCAAGCCCCGGUAGCAAUCACCGCACAUUCAAUUUUUUCUACAAUUGAUGGAAAUAAUCAUUUCCAACAAAAUCAAAUGGACGAUCAGCAGGUAGUGAUUUGGGAAGGGCAUGCCAUACAAGUGGAUAAUGCAAAUCCACACAUCAAUGCUAUUUAUACUAGUCCGAUUGAAGAAGCGCCACAAUCACCCAAAAGACAAUCGGGUAAUACGAAAUCAAAAACGUCACCGAAAUCAACAAAAAAGAAACAACCACUUAAGAAAAAGAAAAAGUCGAUUAGUGAUAACACGAGUGGAAACGAUUCGACUAAACUGGAGGAAAGCGCAGCUCAGGUGAAAGAAAGGUUUAAACGGGGUUGUGAGUGUCAAGAUGAGAGCUGUUUUCGAGGAUUAAACCCCGAAAGUGUAUAUAAACAUAGACUUAAUAUCGCUGAGUUGACUAAGGGUGAACACGAUAUGUAUUUAAUGGGGGUCACUAUGGCUUGUCUUGCAAACCCUGAUACCACAGUCCGACAUAAGGAACGAAGACGAUUAAGGGCACAGUAUGUUUAUCAAGGACGCCGAGUCUGUCUCGACGCCUUCCUAUACCUUGAAAACUGCACCCAUUAUCAAUUAAAACGGAUAAGAAAACACGUAAUGACCCAUGGGGUUGCCCCUCGUGUCCACGGAAACCAUGGUAAAAAACCACACAACACUUUCCCUCUUGACAUUUACUACCAUGCAACCGAAUUCCUAAAACAAUACUUGGAACAAUACACAGGAGAACGCGACAUUGUUAAUACCAAACAACCAAUCCAACUCCCCUGGGACGUCACGAGGAAAAACCUCCAUGAUGCUUAUAAAGAAUAUGGGCAAAUUCUCGAACCCGGAAUUAAAUUAAUGGGCUAUUCCACUUUCCGUCACUUCAUGAAAGAGCAAUUCCCCCAUGUGAAAUUCUGCAAAGUUGAACCGAAAAACGCCUCAACUUCGCAACAACAAAACCAAACGCAACAACAACCCCAACAACAACAGCCACAACAAGAUACGCAAAUCCACCACACGAUUCCCAAAACUACGCAGAUUAUUGAACGGCCUCGAGAGCAACAAAUCCAGAAGUGUGUUAUCAAUAAUGAAGUGCAGCAAGUUAUUCCAUUGGUGGUUGCGCAACCUAAUGACAGCACAGGGGCCCAACAUCAUCAACAAGCCUUUUUGGUCACCCCCGUCUCGCAGAUUAUACCAAAUGGGCCACAGAAUCCCAAUGGGCAUGCGCCGGCGAACGCCUACUCUUAUCAAUUGGCCAACACGGGAUAUGUUAUCAACGAACAAGGGAAUAUUGUCACAACGAUGGCCAAUGCACAGCACCAUGCGCCAUAUGCUUUUAGCAGAAUGUGAACUGUACAUACUGCUUGCCUCUGAAUUAGACUAGAUUGUAUAAAUUAGGGUGUACAGGGUGUCCCAAGUUUUACCGCCGGCGCGAAAAUUUCUAUUUCUAAUUUAUUUCAAAAAACAUUUGCUAGUGCAAACUUAAUGCUUUGAUAUUGUUCAGUGAAACUCUAAAAACUACAUUAAAAAAAUAAUUAAUUAGAAUUUUUUCUACAUGAUAAAAUUCUUUGAUUUUUUUUUUCUAAAAAUAUUCCAGUUACUUGAUUUUUUUUCUCACUGCCAUUUGCUAAAAAUUUUGUGCAAUAUCAAAACAUCAAAUUGGAGUGUAUUUAGUCCUCUAUUGUUUAAACGAUUUGAUGCUUUGAUAUUGUUCAAAAUUUUUAGCGUGUCAGUGAAACCCUAAAAACUACAUUAAAAAAAUAAUUAAUUAGAAUUUUUUCUAAAUGAUAAAAUUCCUUGAUUUAAAAAAAAAUCAAAGAAUUUUAUC